ACGCGGUUGGAAUUUUAAGAAGGGAAAUACUAUUCUACAUCGAAACGACACCGUUGGCCAUCGUUUUCAAAUUCUCCAUCUCCCUGCAACUGGGACUUGGAGCUCACUACUCUAAACCCUAACAAAACCCCCAGAUGUCUAGAUUCCCUCAAUCAGAACAACAACUUCUACAAACCCUAACAAAAAUCUUAACUUCAGAUAAAUUCCCACUUCAAACACUCAAUCCCUACAUUUCCAAUUUCUCUUCAAACUCCAAUCUUCUUAUCUCCCUCCUUUCUUCCAAAUCCCUGUCUCAUCGACCUACUGCUCUCCUCUCCUUCUUCAAAUGGGCGCAGUCUCACCUACCUCCCUCUAUUUCUCACUCUCCUCUUCCUCUCCUUUCCCUUCUUUCUCCUCUCCUCUCCCAUCACAAAUUCUCCGAUGCCAAAUCCCUUCUCACCUCCUUCAUCGCCGCCGACAAGUCCAACAUUCUUCACCAGCACAUCCUCCACCCUCCGGCUGUGGUAGAGAAACGUCGCACCAUGAAAGCCCUCCUCGAUACCUCAAUUGGGGCCUAUGUUGCCUCUGGCAGACCCCACCAUGCUGCACAGAUUUUUAAUAAGAUGAAGAGGUUGCGUCUCACGCCUAACUUGCUCACUUGUAAUACUCUUCUUAAUGCAUUGGUUAGGCAUCCUUCUAAGCAUUCUGUUUAUUUGUCUAAAGCUAUUUUCAAUGAUGUAAUUAAGCUUGGUGUUAAGGUUAAUACCAACACUUUUAAUAUUCUUAUUUAUGGGUGUUGCAUGGAGAACAAGCUAGGGGAGGCAAUUGCUCUUGUAGGUAAAAUGGAGGAGUUUGGUUGUUUGCCUGAUAACGUUAGUUACAACACAAUUUUGGAUUUAUUGUGUAAGAAAGGGAAGUUGAAUGACGCUAGGGAUUUAUUGUUAGAUAUGAAAAAUAAGGGGUUGAGGCCAAAUAGGAAUACUUUUAAUAUUUUGGUUUGUGGUUUUAAUAUUUUGGUUUGUGGGUAUUGUAAAUUGGGAUGGUUGAAGGAAGCAGCUCAUGUCAUUGAAUUAAUGUCGCAGAAUAAUGUGUUGCCCGAUGUUUGGACUUAUAAUAUGUUGAUUGCUGGAUUAUGCAAAGAAGGUAGGAUUGAUGAGGCAUUUAGGUUAAGAGACGAGAUGGACAAUUUGAAGCUGUUGCCUGAUGUUGUUACUUACAACACACUGAUUAAUGGGUGCUUUGAGUGUGGUAGUAGUUCAAGGGCACUUGGGCUGAUUCAAGAGAUGGCGGAGAAGGGAGUGAAGCCAAAUUCAGUUACACACAACACACUGGUUAAGUGGUACGUAAAGGAUGGAAAGAUGGAUGAUGCUGCAAAAACCAUUAGGAAAUUGGGAGAAAGUGGUUUUUCACCUGAUAGUGUUACAUAUAAUACUUUGAUAAAUGGAUAUUGCAAAGCAGGGAAGUUGGGUGAAGCAUUUAGGAUCAUGGAUGAAAUGGGGAGGAAAGGUUUGAAGAUGGAUAGUGUGACUCUUAAUACCAUUCUUCAUACACUUUGUGGGGAAAAGAAACUUGAUGAAGCAUACGAGUUGCUUAAUAGUUCUACUAAGCGAGGCUAUUUUAUUGACGAGGUUAGCUAUGGCACUUUGAUCAUGGGAUAUUUUAAAGAGGAAAAUUCAGUUAAAGCUUUAAAGCUUUGGUGUGAGAUGAAGGAGAAAGAGAUCAUCCCAAGUAUUAUCACCUAUAACUCUAUGAUCAAAGGAUUAUGUCAAUCAGGACAAACUGAUCAAGCAAUAGAUAAGUUGAAUGAGCUUCUAGAAAGUGGCUUGGUCCCAGAUGGAACAACCUAUAAUACAAUUAUUCAUGGAUACUGUUAUGAAGGCAAAGUUGACAAAGCAUUUCAAUUUCACAAUAAAAUGGUUGAAAAUUCUUUUAAGCCGGAUGUGUUUACUUGUAACAUCCUUCUUCGCGGGCUAUGUCGAGAAGGUAUGCUUGAAAAGGCUCUUAAGCUUUUUAACACAUGGAUUUCAAAAGGGAAACAAAUUGAUGCAGUUACAUACAAUACAAUAAUAUCAAAUCUUUGCAAACAAGGCAGAUUUGAGGAGGCUUUUGAUCUUCUUGAAGAAAUGAAAGAAAAGAAGCUAGGGCCUGAUUGCUAUACUUAUAAUGCAAUUCUGGGUGCACUUGCUGAUGCAGGUAAGGUUAAGGAGGCUGAGGAAUUCAUGUCAAAAAUUGCAGAAAUGGGACAGUUGAAGGAUCAAGACUUACCUUUGGAUAAAGGGAAAAAUGUGAAUUGUGAGACUCCUCAAGGAUCUGAUCCAAAUUCAAUCGUUUUUUCACAACAGAUUAAUGACCUGUGCACUCAAGGGAAAUACAAGGAUGCAAUGCAAAUUUUUCAAGAAUCAUCACAGAAGGGCAUCACUUUAAAUAAAUCUGCCUACAUUAAUUUGAUGGAGGGACUUAUUAAAAGGAGAAAAAGCAUAUCAAAAGAUUCUUUGUUAUAAUGAGCUCCUUUUGGGUUUUUGACAGUUCUAGCUGGAAAAGGCACACUGUAUGUUUAACUUCAAUUUAUUAGCACCCAACAAGGAGUUGUGUGGCAAUUCUGCAUACACUACAGUUGGAAGGUAGAAGAUGACAAAAUAGUGGAAAGCUAAUCUAAUGCAUAAUGUAUUUAAGAAGCUGGAAGACAGGUAAACAAGGGGAAAAUGGUGGAAUUGUACUAAAAUGGUCCAAACUGGAUUCAUGUUUCCAAUGAGAGUGAAUAAUAUGCUUUAGCUUGAAGGUGUACUUAAUGUAAGAAAAAGGUCCUGCAAUGGCUUUAGAUUGUGGGAGCAGACAUAAGUUAUAUGUCCAUUUAAUAACCCUUUAGGAAGUUAAUAGGAUGUGGAUUUGAAGGCUACACUAAACUGGGUUGAAUUACUGGUUGGCUUCCUUUUUGGGGGGAUGGGUGGUUUAACUUGCAUUGAAUUUUUUAAGAAAAAAGAAAAAGUGGCCGAGCAGAGAAUAUUUGCAAUAUCUUUUUUUUUUUCCCCGGUUGUACUGAAAAAUGUAUCUUCGUAUAGAUGCCUAAGUAUGUCACUGCAAAUUCAUGGUCAUAAAGUUAUAUAAACCUGAAUUUACGGUGAAUCAUUCCAUGCUAUCCUCUCAGUAGCAUCACUGCCAAAACCAUCAUAGUCAUCUGUAUCUCAAGCAUCUUCAGUUCCAGCAUCUUCUAUCAUAUCACGAGCAAAAUCAUCACUGGUGAACUACAAGUUAUUUAUUCAGGGAAAGAAAAGCUACUGCUUUGUUCUCCAACCCCCUGUCCUGCCCAGCUGUAUAUGCGGUGUUGACACUACACCUUAUAAUAAUCUAGUUCUGGACUUACAGGCAGUGGGUGACUUUCAAAUCUGAUCUAAUUCUUUUCCCUUGCUUUGAUGCAUGAUCUUUGGAGAUGGAUUUGUCGCCCCAUAUAAAAUUGGGUCAUCUGGCAAGGUCACAAAUUAAUCCUCAUCUGAUACUGAUUUUAUUGAUCUUGUUUUGAUCUUAUCAAUUAUAUGGGAAUCUGAUUCUUUGAUCUUAUUUGCUGCUUUUAUUUUGAAAAGAAAUUCCAAAGAUAGUGAGCUCAACACUCCUGCACCCAACUGUUGAAUGUAACUUAUUCCUGCACCUAAUCGUACCAAAUGAUGGAUGCUUCAUUGUUUUGAAUUAAGAGGCCAAGUUAGGCUCGAUACAAGUAAGAAAUUAUUGAGUGCCUGGUUUUCUUAAGUAGUGACUAAACAGUGAUUGGCUAGCUGAGAAAGGGCAAGUUUUCAGAAAUUCAGUUUUCUUAUUAGUACUGGUGUUAUGAAGUUCCUUCACCUUAAACAGCCUGAAGAGUGGACUGUCUGGAAGAGAAGUUGAGAGCCAACUAAUGAUAGCUAAAGGAUGCUGCUGCAACCGUUUAAAGAGGUGAUAUAAUUCUGCCAAAUAACAUUGCCUAUGCAUAAAAGAUAAAAAAAAUCCACUUGAAUUUUAGGAUUCUUUCCCUUGUAUAUUGUUUUCUAUUUCAUCUUAGUUGAGAUUGAAGAUGUACAUAUAUAACUGAAAUGAAGUGCAUGUGUGUUGAACAUGUGAUUUCAUAAGUGACAGUGAAAUGUAGAAUCUCGCUCUCUCUCUCACUCACUCACUGUGAGCUUGAAUCAUCUUGAAUUUUUUGUUAUUAAAGAUGUAAAAUUGUUGUCA